AUGGACAUUCUGUUCUGGAAUUGCCGAGGGAUUUGCAAUCCCUCUACAAGGCGUGCUUUGAAGACUUUGAUCUCACAGCACAAGCCAGCGAUCGUCUUUCUGAUUAAAACGAAGAUCAGAGAGAAGGAGGAGUUUGGAAGGCUGCAGCGGACUCUAGGGUUUGAUCAUGUAGAGGGUUUUUUAAGUGUAGGCCAAUCCGGAAGGUUGGGUUUGUUCUGGAACGAGGAAACUAGGGUUCGUAUUCGUCAGCCCUCACAUGCGCGGUUCAUUGACGCGGUGGUGGAUGAUGACAAUGGACUAUUCCGGUGGAGACUUACAUGCUUUUACGGCAAUCCUUCGGCGGCAGAAAGACAGGAGUCGUGGAAUUUGAUUCGAUCGUUAAGUGACGAUGAUUCACUGCCUUGGGUGGUUCUUGGUGAUUUCAAUGAGAUUGUGCAUUCGUCGGAGAAAUUGGAUGGGAGAUUGAGGCCGGAAAGUCAGAUGCGGGGCUUCCGGGAAGCCCUGAGUUAUGCUGAGUUGGUGGAUUUAGGUUUUCAUGGUUGUCCGUAUACUUGGAGUGAUUCUGAAACUAAGGUUCGGCUGGAUAGGGUGGUGGUCACGGCAGCCUGGCUUGAUUGCUUUUCGCAUUCCAGAGUGAUCCAUCUGCCGCCCAGUGAUUGGUAUGAGGAUGAUGAAGGGUUGGAAAACAUUGUAGUGCAUUAUUUUGAGAAUAUGUAUAAAGCAGGAGUUGUUGAUUCUGCUGCAUUGGAGGAGACUUUACAGGCCAUCACUCCUUCAGUUUCGGAAGAUAUGAAUUUAUCUCUUUGUGCUCAUUAUAGUAGUGAGGAGUUACUCAAACAUAUUAAUUUCACGCACAUUUGUCUGAUUCCUAAGGUUGAUUCUCCUGAGACUAUGGCAGAUUUGAGACCUAUAGCAUUAUGUAAUGUGAUUUACAAGUUAUGCUCCAAGGUUAUUGCUAAUAGACUAAAGAGGUUAUUGCCUCAGAUUAUUUCACCAUUUCAGAGUGCAUUUAUUCCAGGCAGACUGAUUACUGACAACAAGCUGGCAGCUAAUGAGUUGGCACAUUUUAUUCAUAAUAAAAGAUCAGGUGAUGAGUUCAUGGCUCUCAAACUGGAUUUGAGUAAGGCGUAUGACCGGUUAGAGUGGUGCUUCUUACAAAAGGUUAUGGGAAGGAUAGGUUUCGCUACUAGUUGGAUCCAAAUGGUUAUGCAGUGUGUUACUACUGUUAGGUACUCAUUUCUGAUGCGGGGUAAGCCUCGUGGAUACGUGGUUCCAACAAGAGGUUUAAGGCAAGGUGAUCCUCUCUCACCUUAUCUGUUUUUACUUGGGGCUGAGGGUUUGUCAGCUUUGCUACUUAAGAAGGCUGAGUUGGGUGUGUUACCCGGUAUCUCUAUUUGUGAGGGUGCUCCUAUGGUGAAUCACCUCCUCUUUGCAGAUGACAGCAUGCUAUAUGCUGAAGCCAAUUUACAGGCUUGUCAGGAGAUCAGUAAUGUGUUGGAAGUUAAGAAUGUUGGGAUAGUGAAUCAGAGGUUAUUUGCUUCUUCUUUGGGGGUUGAGGUAGUGGAGUCUCAUGAAAAGUACCUGGGGUUACCUACUUAUGUGGGGAGGAAUAAAACUAGUACUUUUCAAUAUAUUCAGGAAAGGUUGGAUCAGAAACUUAAGACAUGGCAAGGCCGUUUGUUGAGUGGAGCUGGGAAAGAUAUUCUUAUCAGGGUGGUGGCCCAAUCCUUGCCUACGUAUGCUAUGAGUUGUUUUCAAUUAACAAAAAUUUUUUGUGAUGAUCUUCAGCAGGGGUGGAGGAUUCUGCAGUAUCCGGAAUCUUUGAUUGCAAGAAUGUAUAAAGCAAGGUACUUUCCGAAUUCUACCUUUUGGGAAGCUGAGAGUCAUCCCACACCUUCUUUCUCGUGGAGGAGUAUCUUUGCAGCAAGGAGUGUGUUGGAAAAGGGAGCUAGAUGGCAAAUAGGGGAUGGGAAGGAUGUUUUGUUGUCUGACCCGUGGGUACCAAGGGUUGCUCCUUUUCGACUUUUACCUAUUCAGGGUGGGAGGGACUUGAGCUGGCGUGUUAGUGACUUGUUGACUAGAGAAGGGCGAUGGAAUGAGGAGUUGGUGUAUCAGGUUUGUCAUGGUGAUGAUGUACCUUCUAUUCUUUCUAUUCCUUUAAGCAGCCGGCGAGUAAAUGAUCGUUGGAUUUGGCAUUUUGAUACUAAGGGUCUCUUCUCUGUUAAAAGUGCUUACCGGCUUUUAAUGGAGGAAGUUAGGACUGAGGUUGUUCCUGACCAGAUACGAAAUUCAUGGAAGAAGUUAUGGUCGGCUACUUUACCAGGUACAGCUAAAAUUUUCUUGUGGAAAGUGUUGAGUAAUUGUCUUCCAACUAUGGAGAGAUUAAUUGAGAAAUAG